AUGAUUGCCAAUGGAGAUAAGCUUAGUAGUUUGGGUUUUUGCCGUCGAAAAAAUAACCAUCGAAACUUUACGGAUGGAAAAAACACCUCUUCGAGGGAGUCCAAGAGAAGUCGGCGAGUGAAAAGGAGCGUUCGGAUGGUCCCGGUUAAGUACCUUCAACAAGGAAACCGAGAACAGGUGAUAGGAGUCGAAAAAAAUAACCAUCGAAACUUUACGGAUGGAAAAAACACCUCUUCGAGGAGUCCAAGAGAAGUCGGCAAUGAAAAGGAGCGUUCGGAUGGUCCCG